AUGAUAUCAGGCGAAAUGAAGCUAUUGUUAGCUUGCGUUUUUGUUGGCAGUGUGCUGGCCGGUAAGACCAAUCCCUGUCUUUCAUUUUUUUUUCUUCAGAAAUGUAUUUAAUCGGUACUUGCCAUUGUUUUACUGCAAAGACUUCCAGGUCUUUUAAAAUAGCUAUAACCAAUGUUGACGGUGCGCGGUAGUGACAUUUUGCUCAGCAAGUAAAUUUUCUUUUUUUCUUUUGUUUUUUGCGGAGAAAACAAGUUAAAAGCUAAUUCCAAGGUGUAAAUUGUUGUCACCUUGAAAAAAGAUUAAAUGUUUGGCAAAAAUUUUCCGCUUCGUUCCCAACGUCAGUGGUGUUCAAUUUCUGCGUUAUGCAAAGUUUGGACUGCACAGGGAAGAGCCAUUUUCUCACUAUGUGUUCUAGAAACUAUUAACUUAAUAGCACUUUCCCUUGAUGUUCCAAAUGAAAAUGAUUUUCUUUGCAGUUCCUGUCAGGAGAAACUCUGAGGAGAACUGCGAGACAGGUACGAAAAAUAGUUGUGACCUUUUUCCCGGGGGGGGGGACUCCGCAUAUGAAAAGGGUGGGGAUGCUCGUCGUCUCGCUUAGGGGUGUAAAUUUCGGUUGUUGGUCUCACUUAGGGUGUUCUGGGCAAAACGCCAUCAUAUUUAGCAGUGAAGAUUUCGUUUAGGAUUGAACGCGAAAUGAAAUAAAAAUAUAUUUAUUGUCUGUGUUUUAACAUGGUCUCUUUUAGGGGCCAAAAACAGCUUUGGGCACGCCCAGAUGGGUCUCCUUUAGGGGUUUAAUUAAAAAUUUCCGACGAGCUUCCCCACCCCUUUCAUAUGCGGAUUCCCCCCCGGGCUUUUUUAACCACCCAUCGAUUUUGUUUUCCCUGUAGAACUCAGUUUUCUUUAACCUGGUUUACCUGCACACGAUCAUUUCUCUGCGAGGCAGUUAGAAAGGUUUUUAAUAGAAAAUGGAUGAGCUGAAAUAUUCUGUAAAAAAACGUCAUUAAUUGCUCUUGCACCUCUGAUUUUUAAGAAGGGUAAAAAAGGGUUUUGAUUCCAUUCUUGCUAUCGUGCUGUCCGAAGGGCAAGUUUUAAAUACCAAAGGCAUUUUUCAGUGGAAUAACAGUUUGAGAGGUAACUUUGCGAAAACCUCCAGCAAAAGCAGGCAAAUCGUAUUUUCAAAGAUCCUCUAUCACUCGGUUUUCGUUACAAUUGCGGUUUAUCUCUCAAUCUCCCUUUUUGUCCCAAAAAAGCUUUGCUCAUUGUCUACCAUAACCACACUCCAUUUCUAUUGUUCUACUAAAGAGUGUUCGAUUACAAGGAUAAAAAUCUUUACCCGGUUGCAAAGCGAUAGUCGAUUCAAACAUGCGAUGUAACUUUUUAAAUCCUUUACCGGUUGAAAAUGGAGAAGAGCCCGUUUCCGUUAGGAAUUUUUUCGCGAUCACCUCGAAAGCUUGGACUUCCGAGGUUAGUAAAGGCCAUCCUAUUCCCGACCCCCUACAUUGAAUGCUAUGUAGUACGCACGUGAACACCUCUUAUCACCCAUGCGUUCGUGCAUGCUACCAUUAUCAAUUAAUACCUCCCUCGUUCACUUGAUCAUCUCUUUAAUGAAAAAGGACUUUGUUAAUUGAGAUUUCCGGUCCUUUUGUUGCGGAUAAAGCUGGUUUUACCUUGCUCGCUGGAUGACAAUGCAGAACAAGGUUCGUGUGGUUCACGUGAAAAAUUCAGUGUGCUAUUACAGGUGGUAAACGGAUUUGAGAUAUUAGUGGAUAAAAAGCAGAUCUAUAUUUUCAUUUCAGCUGAAAUGCUAUCCUUUGGUAUUCAAGGUCACUAAAAGGCUUGCAAAUCUUUGAGCCCUCGACGUUUACUUCCAUUUUCUCAAAAUAGAUCAAACGUUAAUCUCAAAAUAAAGCUUCGAUGUGUUUGCUAUUCGUUUCUUUUCUCUUCCGAGCAUCCAUAAGCGAUCUGGCUUUGAUUAUGUGUUGCGGCGUAAAGAUUCGUCUACAGUUUAAAACAAGCGAACUAAAAAAUAAAAAACCCUUUACGAAAAAAAACUAAUCGUUUUGGGGGAGUGUCGGGGGAGGGGCAACCUUUUGAAAACACCGCGAAACCUUCGUUUGACGUCCGUUAUUCUAUAAAGUCAAGGUCAUCCGGCUUAUCGUGUAAAACAACACGAUUAAAAACACAAUCCACAUCCGGCUGCAUUUUACCAAGAACAACGAAGUCAUCUAGCACGGAUAAAUGGCAGCUGCGCUCUUGGAUAAAAGGCGGAAUAUGUUUAUCCCCCAAAGAAAAACAUUCGUGGAUAGGCGGUGCAUUUUGGUCCUUGUGCGCGGCCUUCAUCCUUGACUUGAGGGAAGGGGGACCUGCGUCCCAUUUUCAUUCUUUCUAAAAUUUUGGUUCAUUUUCGUUGCUUUUAUGAUACUUUUGAAGAGGAAAUGGAGAGGGCAAGGAGGUCGGGUACUCCGAUCCCUUAUAUAAGCCAUGCCGGCAACAGCGUUUACUAAUAAUAGCCUGUCCAAAGCCCUCUCACUCUCCCACUUCGAGAGGUCAAAACUAGGCAGAUCAAUCUCAACUCACUGAUAUGCACAAGUUAUACAUCAGAUAGAACAACGGGCCACUUCUGUGGAGAACAUGGGAAGCCAGUUUUCCGUGUGAGUUUGAAAUUUGAGUUGUGUUUCAAAACUUAAAAAACUGGUUACGCACUACUGGCUACUUGCAGGAGCCUUUAACCCUGCUACUAGCUGGAAUCGCGUCCAGAUUCUUUGGUUUUCCACUCUUCGGUUGUCAGGCCUCCCUCGGAAUAUAUUCAAGAAAAUGUUUACGUGUCUUGUGUUUAACCUUUAGUUUGAACGUCUUAACUGCAAAAAGAACUAUUACCUUAUUAUAGGAAAUUAACGCUUCAUGGAAUUUACGCGAAGUUCAAUAAUUCGCGCUAAUUUUAGUCGCGUUAAUUUCUGUAAACGUUAAUUUCAUCGACGUUAAUUAAGCAUAGCGUUAAUUUCCGCGACCUUAAUUUCCAUGUUUUUGACCCCAAAUUCUCAAUAAAUUCUGACGUAAUUGACACCUAAGAAAAAUGACUAUUUUAUUAGGUUGGAGAUCCUCCAGAAACAGUGAAAUUGUUAAGAACUUGAAGUGGCCAGAUUUCUUCGCUUAACGUUUAAGGGAAGAAUCACGAACAAAGUUUCCGUUUCGGGUUUUACCGGUUUAAUCUUCGUUCCUGUUGUCUUAGACGUCGCGUUAAUUCCCUUCACUUUAAAAUGUUUCCCUCUCUUUCGCGUUAAUUUUCUUUUAUUGAAAGUCGUUUUCCACUAAAUUCGCGUUAAUUUAAGUGGCGUUAAUUUCCAAUACCUUAAUUUCAUAGAGCGUUAAUUUCCUAUAACCAGGUACAUGGGAUAUUGAGAAUCUUUUCAUUUUUUAUUGUCAUCUUAUCCCAAUGUCAUGCAACAACUUGGUUAACCAGGUGUUUUCUCCGAACUAGAAUUUCCCUAAGAAGAUCAUUUCAGUAAUUCUCAUUACCUUUCCUCUUUAUUAUGUCUUGAUAUUGUUGCGAGAAAACUGAUGCUGGUCACUCUUGGACUCACUGAAAGGGUUAAAGCUUUUACCGCUAGACCACAUUAUGGAGAGAUUAUGUGUCAUUUUAAACUUUUCGGAAUGUGGGAUGUGUUUCCAUUCAAACGCAGGCGCCCCAAGCUCGAUUUAGAAGACAAUAGGCGAUAAAAACCAGUAACAACAUUUGUGAGGUGUGUUGUUACAAAGUCGUUCAACGGGAGGAUUGUAUGUUUAUAUGCUUCUGAUGCAUAUGUAUGAGCUUGCAAACAUAUGUGAGGUGUUGUGUUACACAGUCAGGUCGAAGAUUACAAAGGUUAUACGGAUGGCGACUGAUUUAAUCAGUGAUUUAAUUAAAAAAAACCCGCUAAUUUUUGAAUAAAAGUUAACUUACCUUCUUUCGGUGUUGUAUUUCUCAUCUUUUAUUUCACAUCUUUUAAACAAUCUAGACGCUCUGGCUUGCUCUGUUUCUUCACCUUUACGUCAUUUUUUUUCCUUUCCAGGCCAGACGCGGUUUUUUCCUAACACCAGGUACAUCUAUCGUUAUGUUGCUACCAGCCUGACUGGCGUAACUGGGACAACCAAUGAGACCACUGGUCUUAGGAUCGAGGCUAAAUGCGAGAUCGAGGCCUCUUAUUCCUGCCAGCGUAUACUCAGGGUUUGUAUGUUUUCAGCUUUGUUAGUUUAGUCUUUAAUGUUACCCUUUAUAUGCUCAUAAACACGUUUAAGCUAACUUGUAGCUGACGUUAUCUCGCUUUUUUAUUGAUUAAAUUAAAGUACUUGAAUCAGGCGCGCCUCUUUGAGACCCUAAUAAACCACAAGUAAACGGCAUUUCUUGUUGCCUGAGAGCCUUCAUCCCCGUAUAGUCCACUAUAGGACAUAUCCUGACGCGGCCAUAUGAAGCUUUCUUGCAGUCAUUUCAGAUCUGAAAUAACAAAUAAGGUUUAACUUAGUUAAGCAUGAUCUAGAUAUUUUCAAAACAUUGACAGUGACCCGAAGCUAGGAACAUUUGACGCAGCUUGUGAAAUGUACGUUCCUUUAUAACUUGAGCUAAGAAUUGUUGUAUAAUAAUUAAUAAUUUUUUCUUUGGUGCCUUAGCAUAUAGUUUUCUUUGUCAUAGACUAUGCUGUGAGGUUUGCACGAAAACGUAAGAAAAUACCGCAGUCGAUAAAGUCUGUUUUAUACUAGCAUGGCUGAUUGAAGCCAUUAUUUGAUCCGUCAUUUGUUACUGGCGCAAUGGUCCGAUAUAAUCACGCAUCAUUUCACCUUGAAGUCCUUGAAGAGCUGGAAUAUAAAACAUGAGAAGAUAAUUUCGUAAUAAGUUUUGACAGCUGCAUCAUAUCCUUUCACAGGUAUCUGAGGUGAAAUUAUUGGAGGCUACACCUGGUAAUGAGACCAAAUUUCAGCCAUCUCCAAACCAGGAGAGCUUCAAGAAGGAUGUGGAGGCAAACAGUUUGUUGUUUACGGAAAACAACCGCCGCUUCGAGGUCGUAGGGCCACAUAUCUCCGAGCCUCUGUACGUAACAAACAUCAAACGUGGCAUUUUAAGUGCUCUUCAGCUGCAGUCCGUAGAGGAACAGCAAAAAGUUUUCACAGAGGUACUUGAUCAUUUUCUUGUGAACACAUGUCAUUGCUAGAAUUUUUCAUCAGAAUCGUAGCCAGUGGCCAAGGAAUAUGGUAAGGCAACUUGAUGCGCGCAAAGGCGCUUGGGAAGGAGCCUCCCUUUCCUCCACUAAUCACAGCGCGAAUACAGAGAAGCGACUGGGUACGAGUCUGAUUUUGCAUGCUGCAGGCAGUAGAAUGCCCAGUACCUAGGGGAACACACUUCUCUAGGUGUACCUACUACUAAGAAAGGAUUUUUUAACGGUGCCCUCCAUUUGUCAGAACCUACCUGCCAGACCAUUCCCGUCGUAAUAAGAAUUUCACUUUCAAUCAAAAUUAUUCGGCCAUAUCAGUCAAAUCCUAAGUAGUAUGCACGAAGGAGACGAUUUUUCAUCAAAAACUCGUGGAAAAGGCCUAUUUCAUCGUCAAAAUGACUGGUCCAGCCAUGGUUCGACUGGCCAGUUCUGACUGUUGGAAACCCCCCUAAAAAAUCCGCAAGGAUUCCCGUCUGGCUGUCUUCCAUAUAAGUGGUCGCACUGUCGGGUUUUUUCCAAAUAAGCAAAGGUGGAAACAAAGGGAUUGUCAAAUGCCAGCAAAGUCUUCUUAGGACUUCAUGUGCAGUGACCUGUAGCCCGUUAACCCGUCAGGUUUUUCAAGUCAGUUAGGCUCAAACCUUUUUUACAGUGCGACUACUCAAAGCGGGGUACUUGGAAGAAGAUUAUCCAAUAACGGUUUUUGAAAACAAAAGAUUCUCAAGUUGUUUUGCGAACGGACCAAUAACGCACAUGGAUGCUGUCCUGUGAGGUCAUGUAAGUUCAAAGGGUUUUAAAGUUUUUAACGGUUACAUGGUUGAACCUUGAAUGUUAUUGGUUUGUUUCAAAAGAAAACUUGAGAAUCUUUUGUUUUCAAAACCCGUUGUGAUUGGAUAAUCUUCUUCCAGGUGCCCCAGUUGGAGUAGGCGCACUGUAAAGAGGUCUAGUGUGAUAACUUAUUUCACUGAGUACUGGUAACCAUGCGUUUGUUCCAUUUGCACUGAUAAGUAGGCAAAUAAACGAGCCCUGUUUUGUCUCUCAGGUUGAUGUAUCCGGUAACUGCUCAACUGAAUUGAAGAUUAUCAGGGAAUCUGACGAGGGAGACAAAGAAAUCCUCAAGAUCAAGAAUCUAUCUCAAUGCACCAACCGAACGCACAACAUCACCAAGCUCAACCCAGUCCCUUACAACGUGAACUCAGUAAGUACUCAGUGCCCUCUAUAAUUAUCCCUUCAAUCUCCAACUCAUUUUAACCCUUUAACAUAUGUACGAAAGGACCCUCCUUGGGUAAACUCUCUCUCCAGUUCCCUGGUUUGGCCCCUGAACUGUUUCAGUGCUUUUUACUUGAAGUGGUUGUUGUGACUUUAUUUUUUGCGGAAGCCUGCAUUAAAUCUACUGUUUUUUUAACUGUUAAAUCCCAGUUUUUGUAACCUGUGGGGCGUUAAGGAAUUUUACUAGGUGUGAUUCUCUUCAACUGACCUUCAACAUGGAUCAAAACGUGCAAUUCUGAAGAUUAGCCUUUCAUCUAAGCGGUGUAAAGUUAUAUCAAUUGGCUUGAAUAUGGGACUCACUUACGUGAACAGUAGCUAUACAAAUUUCCCGGACUCAAGAAAGUUUUUACAUGAAAAUAGAGGUCAAGCCCCACAUGACUGAUUUGGUAAACCAACAUGGCCACCUUUUCACUGUUUUGUGUACACCAAUAUGGCUAUCGUGACGUCAUGUAAAAGCUUUCUACAUACAAACACCUUGACGGUGACGGGUCUAGUGUUUGAAACUUGCCGAGCCUCUUGUUUUUCAUUUCUCUGUGUCUGAAGAUCAGAUAAGAGUACAAAGCUAAGAGUAAAUAGCUCUACUAAUUCUUUGUUUUAGAAAGCAAAAGUUGAUGACUUGUUUCUAAUUAAGCACUCCCACUUUCGUUUUUUAGACCAUUCAAGGUCCCCUUAACUCGACCAGCUUCUGCCGUUACAUUGUAAACUCCCACGUAAAGACCGUAGAAUGUAAUGAAAUUCAUCUCCUGAGACCUUUCAGCUAUAAGGAUGCUGGUGUCAUGACUAAUGUCACGUAAGUGUUUAUUGUGACGCUUUAAAUUCGCGUAGCAUUACAGUUGUUAGUGAGAUGGCUUGAUUAUCCCUGUUUCAUCAGUGCUACACGUUAGCACAUUGGAACUUCAGAUAUAUCACUGUAACUAGGGUACGUUUAUAACUGGGUUUAGAAAUGUGGUCCGUUAUGCGGGGAUUCGUUAUAUAAAAUAUCAUCCUCAGUUUGUUGCGUUUCAUCGGGAGCUGGCGUAACAACGAUUGUUACGCAAGCAUACUUAGUGUAACGCUUUUCAAAUCCUUCUUUCUUUAUUUUUAUUUCAUUUUAUUUGCCACACAAUAAUAGAAAUUGCAAAUAAUAUAGGAAAAGUAGAAAAAAAAGUAGCGAGGAGACCCAACAGAAACUGUAGGAGCUUUUGAGAGGUUAGGCCUCCUCGAACUACGGGCUGAAGAAAAGAUGGCGAAGAGAUGGAAAGAUUUAUGAACGGUUUUCAUAUUUACUUAAUAAUUUAAUCUUCAGUAUUUUCUUAAGAGGAAAGGGAUUGAGAGUUGCAAACAUGUUCUAAUUUCAUUACUGAUACUGCCUUGAUAUUCAAUGACUGUACAGUUUAGCAAUGUAUCUAUUUGAUAUGGUAAAUGUAAUUGCAGGAUGAAUUUGACGUUAGAAGAUGAAGAGUGGAACUCGAAUUUUUUCUCGAGCCCCGACUGGACCGGUAGGAAUAAAACUAUUAGUCUUAUAGUAACAAUAACCCAUUCACCCGCCUGUAAGGUGCGAAUCCACGUCCUUUUUGAAGCGCUUGUUGCGUCAUGAGUUUUAACGUCACAGAGAACUUUGAUAUCAAACUUUGCAGGGGUUAAGAGAUUUUUCACCCGAAAUAACACAGCUCAGUCAAAUAGCUCGGAGAAAAACACACACGCACACACACCCAAGACGUGUAAAGUUGACUCGACACAUCCAACACAUUUCUUGUUCCAGAACCCACGUGCACUAGAUUUCGUAUAAUCCUACGAUUCUGAAAGUUUUCCAACACCUUUUUCUACCAAAGAGAAGCCUAGUAAAUGCCCAACAAAGGAUAAAAGCGAAAUCAAUAAACCCAACUAUAUAGACCGCGAAGUGCUCGACUUAUAAACAGCGUUUUGGGUCCUGAUGGUGACAAGAAAACGUCUCGACUACAUUGUAGCUUCAAAGGUAAAAUUUCCAGGAGCUAAUGGGCUUUUCGAACCAGUUCAGGUCUUUGACCUUAUCUUUAUUCAACAGAGCAUCGGAAGUCAUGCCUCUUAUACGAGCAAAGCGUCCGGAAAGACGAGGUAUCCGAAAUAGUUAACGAGAAUUCUCAGCACGCAAAAGCUUUGCUCGAAGAGUUGGUCACGGUCCUUCCCAUCAACGAAAGCAAACCUAUCACUGCAAUCAAGUUCACCAACCUUGUUUUCGCGAUCCGGAAACUGGAUAGGAGUGCGCUGAGGGACAUGUGGACUACAUUUUACAACUGCGAUGACCUUGAAACAGUUCUCACAGACAAGCAGUGCAAGAAAGCCCAGUAAGUUUCUGUGUGAUCCUAAAAGACACCAGUCUGCGUGGAAGGCGCAAAAAGGGGGACAGAGAGGGGAGAAUUCCCUCGCCAUUUUGCCCUUUUCUGCACUACCCCAUUCAACGCCUGCCACGCACAAAAUGAAAUAAGCACGGGUGACGGAGAGAUCUAUAGUUUGCUCGAGAACGUUUAGGUUUAAACUUGCUUUUACUCUUUCACUGCCAAUCUUAACAUAUUCCAAUAGGCCAAUCAUAUGAUUGCAUAAUGUUUUUUGCCUUAGAGCUAUUUAUUUCCAUUGCAAUAACUAAACGUUUUUGGAUAAGUCUAGGUGGAAUAUUAUCGCCCUGGUGAGUGUAUCCUUAGCGUUUUGAUGGCUUUAAGGUGGUGGUCACUGCGCAAAGAAUAGUGACGAUUGCGUUAGUUAUAUCAGUUUUUAAAUGUGACACUGCCUUUGCCAUAUUUAUUCAUGUGCUGUACGGCGUGUUGUAGACCCAAGAAAAAAGAGAAAAAAGAAACAAUUUUAUCAGGAUAUGCCUGUCAGGAAAUGAAAUAAAGUCACUGCAUGUCUUCCCUUAUUUCAGGUCGUACGUGAUUGACGCUAUCACUCAAUGCGGGACUGUGCAGUGUAUGCAAUAUGUUAUCGAGGCAAUCCGGGACUAUGAUCAAGUACAACCUGAAGACGUGACCGCCUUAUUGUCUGGCAUGAGUGCAGUCCGCAAACCAUCGCCGAUGCUCUUCAUCGAAGUUUUAGUAAGUUUGUACUUCAGUGUUUAUAGUAGUUUCUUCUUUCACAGCCUCUUUCCCUCGUCCAUAGACGGACUGGAAAACCACAUUCGGAUCAACUAAGAAAAACUGUAAUUAAAACGAUGUAUUACUUGAAAGUAAACACUUUCCCUAGAGUGCCUUUUUCUUAAACCUCAAAUUUUAUAUCAUAAAAUACAGAAGAGUUGCGGUUAGUUCUUGCCCAGUCCCUGCACGGGUGACAGGCCGAGCUAAUUUAGCCAAGGGACUAAGCAAGGUUAGUUCCACGUUUUACUUGCUGGCGAAGAGGUUUAAUUUGAUAAGUCACUUCACAUGUCAAAAGUUGGAGCUACAUUACUUGUCUUCACGAUUGUUUGUCGAAUUGAAAAAGUAAAAUUUUUUUCCUUGCACUUUUAAAAAAGUCCCUCGCAUAGCUUCAUUCAGUUGUAAAUGAAUUUCGAAUGCUUAACACUACAUUGACUUUGAUGGCAUGUCUGUUUAGGAUCUGCUGGAACAAAAGAAGGAUCUGCCCAAAACUAUGUUGCUGUCUCUGGGUACCAUGAUUAGAAAGUUUUGCGAUCAGGAGCCACAGAAAUGCACUAGUAAAUCUGUAAGUUUUGGUAAAGUGAAUGUAAAUUAAAAUGUAAAGUUCGUUUUCUUUAGUAUUUUCUUUUACUGAAGACUGUAUAGGAGAUCAUUCUGAGAACAGAUAAAGAACUAUCAGAAGGCUAACGAAAGUUGUACGAAGCGUGCGUGAAAGAGCCUGCCGAAUUGUCAUUUCCAAAUUUUUUGCACGGAAGCUUAGGAACUUAGCUUUACCCUAUUAAGCAAGUACAAUAAUUAUCUACCCAUCCAAACUGACUACCGAAUGACGUAUAAAAAGCUUUUUACACUAUAUUUCGUUUUGACAAUUUCACAAAGGCGUCGACAAUUUCGCAAAAAUAACUUUGAUUCACCAUUUUGCGAAUUUCUUCUUAGGACACUGAGGUCAUGGAUGCAGUAGACUUUCUUGAGAAGCAACUCCCAAAACACUGCGAUGCUACUCCUGAUACGGUUGAUGACCUCAUUAUAAGCCUUAAGGCUAUCGGCAACGCUGGGCGCAUGAGAUCCAAACCUGUCAAGCUUGUGGAAUGCUCACAGGGUGCUAAUUAUCUCAAUGUUUCCGUGGUUGCUAUAGAAACCAUCCGACGCCUCCCCUUCUGCGCGGUAACGCAGAAAAUUUUGAGGAGAGAGGUGUUUGGUGAUUACAGAAAGGACCCGGAGAUUCGGCUGCAGGCGUACCUGGCCUUGAUGAUGCAUCCCUCUGAGCUUAUAGUGAAGUAUGUAGCAGAGGUGCUGGACGAAGAAGUCAACACUCAAGUUGGCGCUUUUGUGUUCUCCCAUCUCAAGCAGAUGAACGAGUCUGUUGAGCCUACGUACGGAAAAAGGUAGGCGCAUAGCACCACUAAACAAAUAGAACAAAAAAAUCAUGUCCAUUAUCGCCACUCUUAAGGAUCAGAAAGUGAAGUCAAAGUGUUCAACGCUCAAGCAGAACUCUAAGUCUUAGGCCACUGGUUUCACUGUAGAGUCUUUGUGGCCACUCAAAUCCAGGAAUGCGUCCUUUUUGCCAGCUGAAACACUCCGUUAAGAGAACAUGAAAGGUGUUUUGCUUUGGUGAGGAAGCCCUCCUUAGUUGACUUUAAAUAAAUCCUGAAAACGAGAGAAAGACAGCUUUUUCCUGAUCCAUGCUUCGUGAUAAAGGAGAAAACUAUUAAUGUGGAAGGUCUGCGUUUCAUUUAGAGUCAAAAACGUAAAGUUUGAACUUUCGUGGUCUUUUCCAUAAUUAAUCUUUCCUACUUCCCCCCCUUUCUUUCCUUUAGACUUGGUGAAAUGAUCAAGAGCGCUUUGAAGGAGCGUAAAACUCCUCUUCGUGAAUUCAACAUCACAUCAUUCAAGUCCCGUUUUAUGCAAAGGAGUUAUUUAAAUGGUACGUUUCUGGAACACUGGAAAAUAUGUUUUUAGACUCAUUUUGUCUUUUGUUUUACUCUUUGAGUGCGGAAAGAAAGAAAUUGUUUUUGUUACGGUAGUAAUGUUAUAUCUCAUAGUCGAACCUUCGCAUACUUACGACGUCCGCACUCGACCACAUCACGUUUGCGACACAUUUUUAUCGUGUACAUGUACGUUUAGUAAGAACUUGUUCUAUGGCUCAAUCAUCAAUGACAGCUCGAGUGCACUCGCAUGCGGAGUCACGUGCUACAUACACACCUAUGCUCCUUGCAUCUACCGGGGAUGCUCACAGAUCCCGCUUUCCUUUGUUAACCAUUCUAUUACUUUUUUAACGUUUUCUUGCUGCUCUAUGACCUAUUGCCGUGUAUUUGUAAUCCCGUCCUUACUCUUCUACAGAGGAAAGCAAUCUUGGAUUCAGUACGGAAAGCCACGUCUUCUAUCACCCCGAAAGCCUCUUACCCCGAAGCGCAGAACUGAACGUUACUCUUGACUUGUGGGGUGGAGCCUUUCCUGUUGUGGAGACCAGUACGCGGCUUGAAGGACUAGAGAUCAUCUGGGAAAAACUAUUUGGACAUAAAGGGUACUUUCCCGAUAACCACAUCCGGGGACUUGUGCGAACACCGGAGGAACAGGAAAACGUAAUUAAGAACUUGGAAAAGAGAAGUACAGACAACGUCCUUGAUUUUGAAUCCCUAGAUAAUAAGGUGAGAGUCAACCGUUCCCAAGGUCCUCUCCUACUCGUCCCCAGGGGACGAGUAGGAGAGGACCCUGGAAACGAGGUAGUCGGGUGAGAAUCAUAAGUUUUAAUGUUGCCGUAUUGAUGUAUUAUUUGGCAACUAAGAUUCGGCUGUAGUUGCGCAAGGAAGCGAAACACAAACAAGGGAUGGUGCUCACAAUAGCUUUUAUUAACUGGGUGAUGGUGGUGUCCGUAUACAGGCAUCAAAGAUUCUACCUUGAACAACUUUGUAACACGUCCGACGGCAAUGAGCAGCGCGUUAGUUUUCAGUUAAAUGUUUAUACUGUUGUAUUCAAAAGACCACUUUCUUCUUUGGUCAAAUCUACAUAGUGUUAUCGAUAUUUGUUAAGUCACGCUUACGUAUUUUGUCCCCAAGGCCAAAAAAACCUAACAAAUUGAACCAAAUAGAGAGUAAAAGAAAAGUGAACUACAUUUUGCACUUCAGCAAAUCUUACAAGAAGUGAUAUUUUGCGUAAUGUACAGGUUAAUCUGCGGACCAUGACUCCAAGCGCUCUGCUGUCCAUGAAACUCUUUGGUGGCGAACUCAAUCUAUUCACUUUGAAAGACCUUCAAUGGCUUGAGGAGGAUGAUAUACCGCUGGCCGAUAUUAUUGAUUUACUAAGAACCCUUUCUCGAGGAAUCGACAAAACCUACACGAAGAGCGUUUUGUUUUUGGAGGAAAGUUAUGUCGUUCCAACUGGCCUUGGAAUACCGCUAAACCUUAGUCUCAAUGGCACAGUUGUCAGCAGUAUGCACGUGCAGGGUAAAGCUGAUUUCUUGAAUAUGUUUUGGGGAAAGAAGAGUGCAGUUGUCAAGGGAACCAUUAAACCAAGGUAAUGCCUGAAGAAAUGCCUCAUUGAUCUACGUGUGCUGUGCAGUUGCUUUCUCGACGCCUUUCCUCGAAAUUACCUUUUUGUAAAUGUGAGAAAUAACUAAAUUACCAUCGCUUUUUAAGGAGAGGAAGAUAUAAUGUUUUCUUUUUGGGGGGGGGGAGGUGUUCACUUAGGAAUUGUCCUGGCAAACAAAUACCUAUCAAGUAAAAAGUUUCAACAAUUAAUGGCACGUAAGAAAGGCAGAGGACAAGUAGAGGUAUAUUGUUUUCUGUUUGUUUCUCCCUUUAGCGCUGCCAUCGUACUUUCUGGUAAGCUUACUUUGGAUGCUUUCCACUGCUCUUCUGGUGUACUGCUGAAUGAGUCCAUCUCCACCUCGACCGAGAUGCAAGGCAAUGUGACUUACAAUGAGAAAGAUGGACUAAAGUCACAUAUCAAUGUCACUGAAAAACCACAAGAAAUCUUAAACAUCACGUAAGAUUAAACUACGGUUUUACCUAAAUGAAGUAACAUCAUUUCUAAUAUUGUGUUUUAUUCGCCGGAGAUUCGUUUUGUUUCCUGUUUUUCUUUUUUGUUUCUUUUUUAAUUAUUAAAAUUUUACUGAUGCCCUGAUGUAGGAGUCAAAUUGUGUACUUGUUUACUGUCAUAAAAUGUACUGUAUACAAUGUCAUUUCUUACUUAUCCAAAAAAGUGUCAUUUAACAGGACAUGGAGGAGAUAUAAUUAUAUACACAGUAUGCGUACAAUUCAGCUAGCUAAUGAUAACACUUGUGGACAUUUGUCACGGUGUCUGGUUUGUCUUGGGCAUUGCAGACAUUCUUUUAUCAAAAGUUGACGACGGUCAUUCUUCAGCUGCGUAACUAUUUAUACGUUAACCACAAGGUAUUCUUAAUUUUGUUGCAGAACUGCUCUUUUCCAUCACAUUGAUGACGUUAAAACCCCAAUUCUUGGUGUUGAACAUCGCAACACGGUAUGUGCUUGCAACUUUACAUUUUCACGUUUGUAUCAGUUUUAAAUCACUUGUAUUGUUCAAGAUAACUAUAUGUUUCUGUGUAGUCAGCCGGUUUGUUGCUUUGUUUUUAGACGCUCAUAUUAUUAAAACCUCUCAUGCCAGUUUGCCAGUUUGCCAGUUUGGCAGUCAGCUUAGCUGCUAGAGAUAAAGUGUAGAACCAGAGUUGACUUGCUCGCUUGCGACUUUCCGUGCUUAUGUUGGCUUGGGGGAAGCCAACGUUAUCACAUGAAAACCUGUCUAUACAGUUAUUGAGAUUAGUCAGUUGUAAUUUCUGUGAUUUUCGUUUUCCUCCCACACCCUCUAAAAUCUCUUUCGUUCAAAAUACCAUUUACUUUUUACCACCCAAAAACAUUGCCAAAAUAAUAAUGAUCACUUUGCUUUUCUUUCUCUCCUAAGACUGGCAUAUGCACCACAGACGUCUUCAAUAGCACCAGACUUUUUGGUCUGAACCUCUGCUCGAACAUCUCUAUUCCAGUGGCUUGGUACAACAAAACUACUCCGUUUUUCCCACUCACCGGCCCUGCGAACUUCUCCAUUUACCUUAACAAAACAGACCCAUUGCUGACCCACUUCAAACUUGAAUUCAACAACACCAAACUGGACGAAUACACGAACAAGACGAUCCUCGCAAUCAGCACUCCUGGAGCAUCCUUCGAGCGCAAAUACUACUGCAACGUCACCGUUAACCGAACGGAACAGCAGCAUCGUUUCAACAUCAGCGUAGGAACCCACCAAGAAAACGCGAGCUCGAUCGACUUCAUCCGAGUACCCAUUUCCCAGGCUGUGAACAUCACUGUGAAUGUGACUAGCGAUUUGACCGCGUUCUACUUCCACCGCAAGUGUCACCUGACUCACAAGAUCAAGUAUGGUCUUGCGCUUAACGUGACUCUUUUCAACCGAUCUCUUUGCCAUUCUUUCUUCGUUCAGAAUGACACUCAUUUGUGGCACUUGGAGACCAAUACCACUGUAAGAAAUACUACAGACAAUGCAACCAUUUCUGCUUUAUACCUCAACACCACCCUCAACCUCAAUGGUAACAUGACAGGGAACGUAACUCUAAACGUUACGUAUCGCCCAUUGAACCUGACGCUGUUUCUACGUGGGCUGCAUAACAUGACAGCCCAGAGCACUAAUGUGACUUGGAACGUGAGUUGCCCAGUCUGGAGCACACCGAUCCUGAACAACAACAUGACCAUCAACGUCACCUACGUGAACACCACCAACGAGUACAGGACCCAUGUCAACGUUUCUAGCAAUGGCACUCAGGUGUUGUCCUGCUACAAGGCGUAUAUAAACUCCACGGAGAGGAACGUCACGGUUUAUUACUGCAACGUCACCGUGCUUAACAAGACGUCUUCGCUGAAUGUGACUGUAACAAAUGCUACAGGCGGCAUCAGGGUUUGCCAUUUAAAUGUCACGCACCAGAACAGAUCCAUCGCUUUGAACACUACCUGGAUGUACAACGAGCUGUUUAGAAAUGUGAGCUUGAACAUAACUUAUUUGAACCACUCAAUCGUCCUGUCUGGCUCUUUAAAGAACAGCACCCUCGAGAAAGGGAUCUGCUUGAACAGCACUUACUAUAAUGGCACACAAUCGAACUUUACUAUCUUGGCUACUUGCUUAAGCUUCGUUAACACAACGGAACAGAAGUCGUUGAUUUUUAAUGUAACCAGCCUGAAUACAACUGCUACAGUGAACACUACGUGGUUUGAAAAUUCCACUGCUAGAGGAAUACUGGUCAACUGCACCUAUCUCAACCAAACGGUAUUCAAUCUCACUGCCACUUACUCUAACUCCACCACGACCAAGAAUCUGCACUUUAAUUUCUCCAUGGGCAAUUGGACUGCAGAACUGAAUCACACUUUCUUUACAACUGAACUGCUUCAUGAGGUCGAUCAAAUCCGCAGUAUUAACAUCACGCACCGUGUCAGAAACGGCACGCGCGUUGUUGUUAACAACACUUUUACUUUCACUUUCUUUAACACCACAGCCAAAAAGGACAUCGUGUUUAAUUUCACCUUCUCGAACCGAACCUUCGGAGCCCAGUUGUCAUUGGUGAACAAGACCACUGCAGAAUUACUACACCACAUUAUCAACAUCUCUUUGUACACACCUAACAGAACAAUCAGCUGGGUCGGUGUCUUGCAGAAUUCAAGCAAGGUGUUCAACCUCACGUCUCUCGUCAACCUCACAUCCGAGAGUGUUUUGAAUCACACCAUCGUUUGGAACAGGGAACUUCGCCACGUCAAUGUCUCUAUCGACAUCCUUCCGAACGUGACUGUCAGCUUUAACUGCUCAGGCACCUUUAACUCAAGCAUUAAUGUUUCGGCUAAUGUCACUGUCUACAACCAUACACUUCUGUGGCAAGGAUUUGCCAGCAACUCGAGCGUUGUCUCCAACUUGACAAUGUGGAACCGAACCAUCGAGUUUGUUACAAGGACCUGCAACGUUUCCCAUAGUGCGUUCUUCAAUCUUAGCACGUGGCACCACUUCAACAAAACUGCAUUCAAUGGAUCGAUCAGUUUCUACAUCAACGCCACAGAGAGGAUUUCCUACUUCAAUGUCUCGGCACAGAACGUAACAUAUUCUUGGAAAAUGUUCUCGCAUAACGAAACGCACGUUAAUAACACCAUUUACAGGAUUAAUGGAUCUGAGGUUUACACGGAGUGGAGUAGAGCGACCUUGGGAGACUCCUUCAUCCACGACGUGCUCAAUAUGACAUCGGUGAGAAGUUCCUGGCAGGCCUUAAACAAUGUCACCUUCAAUAUUCCCACCAAACUGGCAAAUAUCACAUUAAACAUGACAUUGGAUGGAGUAAACAUGACGACGUUUCGAACCUACUUUAAGUACGUGUUAAAGAACAUCACACAAGAGCUGCUUGUGUGGAACUACACCACAGAGAAUAUCACAGAGAACUUCUUCAACCUCACAAGACAUCUUCUAAACGUCACAUCCCGCAGCAUACCAAAUGUUGCUGCCGAUCACUACAGGUAUUUCCACAAUGACAGCAACAAACUCAACUGCGCUCUCUUCUACAAUAACCUGGCAUACGCAACCUUCAGUAUUCAGAAUAGCGAUGUCAGCUUGGCAAACAUUACGGAAGAGCUGAUCAUCAUCUUGCAGAACUUUACUGAUCAUGUUAAUACAACAGCCGUCCUCGGGAAUAUCACGAACUUGGUAAGGAACGUGUCUUGGUACGACCAAACCUUCGAAACCUAUAUUUACAAUCUAACCCUUUUUGGAAGAAACAUCACUCAGAACUUUACCGCCUGGUUGAACUGGACCGUCAGCGAGCUUGGAAAUUUGACAAUCGCCAACAGAACCGUCAAUUGCUAUCUGAGAGAUUACCUGCCUGUCGUUCACAAUCUAACCAUCGAGUUACUAAACGGUACUGUCAAUUUCACAGACACCCUGUUAAACGUUAGCUUGGUUUUCAGAAAUUUCACUCACAAUGUCACGGAGUACUUGCUCAAUGUAACACACCCUAUGCUGUAUAAUAUCACCCGGCAAAUACUCGUGAAUAUUACUGGCUAUGUGAACAGCUCUUCUUUCCUCGGCGGAGUCGUGUAUCCAGUCUGGCAGAAUUUCACAGAUAUGUUUAACAUUAGCGUGUUCAACUUCACCUACGAACUUCUCCACAACUUGACCAUCUGUGAUACAUCGUUGGAGUGGCUCCUUCCUGCCCUUCAUUACCCAAUCAAUAUCAGCCUGUCGAUACAUAACUAUACAGCUAAUACGACUUUGUUUGCUGCCAUCGAGGGUCUCUUGAACAAAACCCUAGAACUUUACAACAUCACUGUGCGUACGACAGCUUGUCGUGUGAACAGAAGCCAUGAAUUACUCGUUAAUGUGACUGACUUUGUUCUCUUGGUCCUUAAUGAUACUGUGAACGUCCUUAAUGUUACGGUUAAUAAGACAACGCAGGAAAUCAUUGAGCUUUACAUUAACCGCACUUAUAAUAUGACCCAUCAGCUCUUCAACAUGACUUUGCAGUUGCUGACUUCAACAAACUUCAGCAAACCGCUGAAUGAGACAUGGGAAAUGCUGAACCUUACAACACAUUUUAGCAACUGGACUCACUGGUAAGAUAAACCAGAUAAACACGUAAAUAAUACCUAAAAAUUGGUCAUUCAUUUCGGGAAGGUUUUAAAAUUGAUAUACUCAACGUUAAAUUUUAAACCGCCAGGUAAGCAUAGCUAACAACAUCAGGUCUUUGACUUGAGUAUUUCUCAAACUACUUGAGAGAAUGCUUAGUUGCUUUUUUCGAAAUAUUCUGAGAAACCCAAUGUUGUUGGAAGAAAUUGUUAUGGUGAGCCUAGGUCCAUACACAGAGGAAAAUCUACCAAUGGCCUUUUUAUUUUUGUACUGCUUCAAAAUUAAACAAUUUUUUUUUGAAAAUAUAACAUUCACAUUUCUUUUUUUUUCUUCUUCUUUUAGUAUGCCAUGGAUGCGUCCUGCCCUCAAGAAGUGGAACUCGACCAUGUUCGAAAUAGUCAGCAUCAUGCGAAACCACAGCUGGCAAAACUACACGAGGCACUAUUUCCCUCUGUUGGUGAAUUAUACGACUAGGCCAAUAACGAUGAAUAUUUACCUGAUGGCUUGGUUCCUCAGGAACUUCCCAACCAAUACCACUGUCACCAAUGAAACGAUGAUCAGCACUUUAACAUAUCCUCUCUUCUUGCGACUAAACUAUACUCAGUUUUUCCUGAAUGUCACCAAUGCCUACAUGAACCUUACGGCUAAGACCCUGAAUUUCACAAGGAACAUGACGGAAUUAUUCUUGAACAGGUAAUGGAGAAAGCCUUUAAAAUAGACAAAGUGGCAAAAAACCGGGGAAAAGCAGGAGUAACGGCCGUUAUAUUUUUAACAAUGUUCUAAACAUUUGGAAGAAGGGUUUACUAGAGUCAAGCACUCCUGAGUGGUACACGUAUUGUACCAAUCGGUCAACCUUAAUGAUCAGGGGAAGAUAAGGUUAAGGUUUGCUUCCAAUGAUAAUCAUUGCAGUGUUAGUUAAGUGUUCGUAGAAAGUGUUUCUGAAGAGGACCAAGUUUGACUUAAGUUCAGGUGUACUGUUCGAGCAAGUGCUUUACUCACCUUACGAGCCUCAUGGACCAAACGUUUUGACUUGACAUACAUAACAAACUUAUAAUAUCUUUUACAUAUUGAGUGAUGGGAGGGGACUGUAGAAAUAUGGUAGCUUUAUUUCAAAGUUGGUAGAUGUGGGAGAGGUUACUUAAGUAAACGCUAGUCUUUCUGAAGGGUUGUGAUCUCGGACAAAAUAAUCGUGACAAUUUUCGUAAUGUUGUUGCUUCUUUCUCUCAUAACAGCACAUCUAACCUGACCGUCGUAACCUUCAACACGACCAUGAACUGGACACUGUCAAUCUACAACUGGACUCUUACUGUAGUCAACACAACAGCCAGCUUUGUCAACGGCUCGUUGGUAAAUGAGACGAUCUGUCACUAUGCUCAUCUUCCCGAGUUCAUCUAUUUCAAUAUGAUGAAUUUCUCGUGUAACAUCACUGAUCAUAUCUUGAACUACACCAUGUGCUGGGUCAACCAGACAAUCCGCGAGUAUGUCAAUAGGACCAUUUCUCCGGUGCUUAGCACAUUGAGGACCUUGAAAGCGAUUAGUGAAUCGAAGCCGGAAGAUAUGGUGGAGUUGCUUCAGCCACAAAGUAGGUCACAGAGCAAAAUUAAGUCCGAAUAAGCGCAAAUGUAACGACGGCGCUUGCAAUCUCACUCCUUUCUUCUAGGAAUAGUGUGACAACCGAGAUACAAAUUGCCGCCCAGAACUCCAACAUCUACAUUCCCGGUCAGAAUUUUUGAAACGCUUGCGAGGUUUUCCUCCCCUUCCCUUUCAAUGUUGAUUUGGAAGACGUUUACGCCCAAGCAAACGUGUGAAACCAACACUAAGGAAGGGGGAGGGAAGGAACGACUAAGUAUAUGUUGUGUUUUCCGGAACUGCUUCAACAAAUUAUGACCGGGAUUGUAUGUCACUCUUCUUGUUUGUUGUAUGUUUAAGUAGGUUAAAAUUAGAAAAUAAUAUACUUUAUAGUGUUUCCUUAAAAAAACGCUAGGUAACGAAAAACACUUACCUCAAUAGUAUCAACCAAUGCAAACGUAAAUACACCCUUACAAACAAUUUUUAGUAUCAAGGCGAGCCUUUUUGACUACAAAAAAGAUAAGGGAUCUGAAUGGCUGUGCAUAGCUAAUAAUGCAAUUACAUGUAGCUAGCUACUCACCGACUCUUGUCCGGACGCCUAUGUCAAAGUUUAAGUUUCAUCAAAACUUAGCCACAAGGUUUUGUCUAAGCUGAAUUACAAUGGUGUAGUCUUGAAGAAAUCAGUCAUCCGCCACCUCUUCCUAAUAUUUGUUUCCUUCCAGAUGUGACCGGUAUGACAUUUGGUCGCCACCACGUUUACACUUUUGACAAACGGUACUUCCGCUUCCCUGGCAUCAAGACAUCCCAAUGCCAGUUCUUGGUGGCACGUGACUUCAAGGACGGAAACUUCACUAUCUUAGCAUCCUCGGAUUCGAUCACCGUCAUCACUCGUGAUGCUGUUGUACGAAUUUACCGAGACGGCCUGGUUAAGUCUCAAGGAAUUGUGGAAGAGAAGGACAGGAGAAUGCUACAUGCAAUGGUGUACGACGAGCUGCCCAUACAGUUCGAGAAUACUACCAUCGUCAGAGAUGGGCCAUAUAUCAACCUGACCAACGACCUGGGCUUCUCUCUUGAAUGUGAUAUGGAGCACUUCCUUUGCAGUUAUAAUGUCUCUGGUUUCUAUCACAACAGGACUGCUGGUAAGGUCUUCGCAAAAUCUAGAUCGAUAUGCCUAUCAGUUAUCAGAGAAAGUUAUUCAGUAUGUAUUGACUCAGUGUAAGGACAAGAUAGCUGGAUGUCGCAUUAUUUCCAUUUUGCGCAAAAACAGAACAAGGCCGAUAUUUAGCCAUCGUGACCAUUCAAGGGUUGUCAAUCAGAGAACAAUUAUAUGGCCACAAGAAAUUUUUUCGUGUUGGAACAAAGCAACCAUUCCUGAGGGGGCCAAGACAGGCUCAUGCUGCCUAUUCCACUGGCCAGUCAGGUCAGUCGGAACACAAAAUUCGCUUUAUCUUGCCCCCUCGCGAAGCCAGGCGUAUAAAAAUGUACAUAGUAAAAAUCUGUAAAAGUCACUUACCUUAGCAGUAUUUGUCACCCAGAAACUCUGGCAGUCAUAAUGCCAAGACAAAAAUGUGCAGCGUGUAGCUAAGAAUCAGCGUGUUCUCUUUAGGCAUUCUGGGAACCAACAAUGGUGAACCAAGCGAUGACUGGCUUUCACCCAGUGGAAAGAACCGAACUAGUGUUGCAGUUUUUGUCAACUCGUGGCAUGUUGCAGGAGGCGAGGAAUGCAAAAUGGAGAACAGUGUAGAAGCACAAAUGCGGCCUUGCGAGAGGAAGACAAAUCGCUGCAGUGAGCUUUUCAAGAAUGAAAGUUCGCCUCUGAGCGAGUGUUUCUCCAAGGUAUACUGUUUUCCUCUCCUUCUUUUUUUCUUAUUCUUUUCUUUGCCCCCUUUUCGUUAACAUACAGUUAUUUUGCAAAAUUCCGAAUCCGGAAGGCAUGCAUUGCUGCACUGGCUUUUUUCGUGCGGUUAUUUAUUUAUUUAUUAUUUAUUUAUUUAUUUAUAGAUUCGUACAAUGUACAGGGGAGAGAACAAUAGGACACGUAGUCCCCUACUUGGUUCACCCUCCUACUUGGUUCUCCUCAAUACAUCAAAAUAUUUUAACUGGACUAAGAGGGUUACCUCCCAAUGCCACCUUAACGUUCCUAGUCUCACCUUGUCUCCUUUUCAUUGCUUAGGUGAACCCACUUGACUUCAACGACGCAUGCGUUGCAGAUUACACUGACUGCGGUGUUAAAGACCCAGAGAAGACUAUCCACUGCAACGUAACUGCAGCAUACAUCCGGGAAUGCAAGCGUCAUGGAAUCGAGAUUACCAUGCCUGAUGAGUGUUGUGAGUUCCAUUAGGUUUUUCUUUUUACAUGAAGGUUGCAUUUUUUGGCUUCACAUUCACAACACAAUCAAACCUUCAUUAUUCCUACAGGGCCGAAAAUUAGAACCAUGUCUAAGAUAUAGGAAAGUCAAGUAAAUAUCAUUAUCAAAUAUCAUUUAAGUCGUCACUUCGAGUUAAAUGUAUACUUUCAAUGUGUUAAAUUUGAACUUUCAACCAGUGGAACCUCCCUUUGUGAGCAUAUACGAAAUUUAUUGUAGUGCUAUGUAGGACUACAAUCCUGUUUAUGUAAUCCGAUUACCCUUCUACAAACGCUUGUAAGAUUAUUUUAGCUAAGACCGAUGGCCACUUUCUAAGAAUCAGUUUACAGAUAACGCGUCAAUAUCAUUAUGCCUUAAAUAAUGUUUUUCUUUCGGAAAUUUACGAAGUUUCCAAGACUUCAAUACUAAUACCGUUUUAAAGCAAUAAAAAAUUCUGGUAACUUGUGCGAUCGGGUAGAAGCAUUUCGUAUUAAAUAUGUUUUAUUGUUUGUUUGUUUGAAAAAGUUGUAAAGUUGUACUAAACCCAUUAUCUUAGUAGAAAAUCCAAUUAUUGGAUUUCCCCUUUUUGUAAUCCACAGCGUCAUGUGAUGUCAAUGGACGAGUAUUCAAGAAGAACUCUACCUGGAAGCUAGAGCCAUCUAGUGAUGUAGAUGUCGUUUUAGUUAGCAGCGAAGGUCCCGGUAUGAAGCACGUGGUCCAUCGCCUGCCAAUUUUGGUCGAUCAUCUCGACAAUUUCUUGAAGAAUCACAAGAUAAGCCCGCGGUUUGGCCUGGUCGGAUUUAGCGGUAAAGCCCCUGUGCAUAGGCCCGGUCAUGUCCACACUGUGAAAGGAAAAUUCUUCUCUGACGCCAAGGACUUCAAGGAUAGUGUCAUCAUGAACAUGCAGUUUGCUAAGAGGUGCGAAUGUUUUGCUGAGCUUAUAGAGUGUUUUCACAUGAUGUCACGGCGGCCAUAUUGGUGUCCCAAAACAAUGAAACGACGGCCAUGUUGGUGUCCCAACCAAUCCUCUGGGAGUUCAACUCUUUUCUAAUGCAAACGCUUUCUGUUGUUCCAAUAAAUUUGCAUAGAUGCUGGCCACGUGAGUGAAAACACUCUAUACAUAGAUCCAUCAUACUUCAGGCUACAUUGAGUCUUUUUCUAGCGUGAAGAGGCCUUUUACCUUCCUUUGAGGAAAAUAAGCUUAGGGACUGAAUUUGCUGCCGGAAAUAUCGAUAGAAAGGUCAAUACGUUCCGAGUAAGCGACCAUCACAGCUACCGAGAUGUUUAUUUCAGGUUUCUGAGGCCUAGAAUAGAACAACCAAUCAGAAGGUGACUAUGAAAUUUCCCGCGUUAAGAAACACCGCACGCGGCAAGUACCGCGUAUUCAAACUUAACUUUGAUCGCCCUUACCAAGAAGCGUGUUGUUAAAAGACAUCACUCCCUACGACAACAUGGCGAGCCAACCCUUAUGAUAAUUCGUCAUUCAAAUAAAUCUUCUGUGAAGCAAAGACUUACCGUUAUUGCCAGCUUUAUAUGAUUUAAUAACAGGAUGUUUAGUUAACAGGCUUGUUGUAAUUGUUAUUAGCGACAAAGAAUUCCCAGACAGUGAUGGUUUCUUGGGUUUGAUGAAAGCAUCUGAGUAUCCAUUCAGACCCGGCGCCACAAAGCUUAUUAUCAUGGUUACGAACAGCCCCCGUUUUAACCACAGCAGCCUUACCAACUUUACAGUAUCCGAGGCUCUGAAGAGCAUUAGCGCCAAACUUGUUGUCAUUGGUGAUUUCGGGUGAGUAGCAUCUAACAUUUGAAUAAAGGUAUUUUUUCAUCUUGUUUUUCAAAGUAUCCCAACAGAUGACUCCGUAAUUUCACAAAUUAAGCUUUUGUGACUUCAUUACUUCUUUUCUGUAUGGCCAGGCUGUUCGGUCCCACCGUAACAUUUAACAUUUAAAAACCAUUUUACUCCUAACAGUAGCCAAUGAAAAAUUCAAGAAUGUUCCUAAUAUCUUUUAAAAUUUGCCAAAGAAGUUUCAUUUGAAUGGUAACACCAUAGGAUUUUGUCCGCAGAUUUAAAACUUAGAGCGACAAAUCAUCCCGUCCUAACUUAUUCUGGGAUAGUGAUGGUUAAGCCUUUAAUUCCCUAGAGUGACCAACGUCAAUGACAAUACAUCAUCAAGCCAAUGGAGAAAAAAGUGUGACGUCACAGAUAUGAGAAUUUGGGAAUUAUGAGAUUCGUGGGGGUUCAAUGAUGUUUGCGGACGGGUGCAGUCACCAAAUGACGUAAUACAAAUAUCCAAAACCACAAAACAAUAGCUAACCAGGCAAAGAAUGCCUCAUUAUCAAUUUGUCAUUGUGGUGUUGAGAUAAUAGCAGUGAUAUACUCUGAUGACUCUAAACAAAUCCAUUUGUAAGGAGUCAUCUCAGCGUAAAGGUGUUAGCAACCCGCCCACUUGCAGAAAAAAAUGGCCAUUCCGCUAGGCCCAUCGCACCAAAACACCCGGAUUCACCCGGAUCCUACUUAUGAGAAGACUCCUGGGUUCAAACCUUUCACAGCACCAAAACAGUCAUAAUUAAAAUGUGGUUUGUUGACUUAUGAUGUACCCGUGAAAGGGUUGCGGGGGAGGCGGGGGGGAGAGAUGCAAGUAGAUAAAGUAAGAUUGGUAAUUCCCAUUGGUAAUUCUCAUGGGGUUCUUGUCUUCAAGGCAAGAACGACUGCGAGAACGAUACUUUCCCAAUACCAAGUCAAGUGCACGCGCGCGAACCAACGCCAUUUUGGGGGGAAAAUGUGGUAGCCGUCGUCAUUCUACUACCAGUUUUAUUGUCGUGGUGGACGUCGUGGUGGCGAAAACAGACAAAACAAGUUGUCAAAUGGCAGAAAUUUUAUCAUUUAGCUAUCGGAAGAGGGCUUAACCUCCUUCAACGGAAGUAAGCGUGCUAAGUUUGGUGGUGAAAAAAUGUACAAUGAAGCUUUCUGGGGUGUUUGUUCUAGAGAACAGGCGAGAAAACUUAAAAUUAAAUGUCGUCCUCGUAGUCGUCCGCGUUCUCGAAUUUAAAACUCUCUUAUGUUACCAGUGUUAACCCUUCAGGUCCCAGGAGUGUCCAACAUCAAUUUUCUCCUAACAACAUCAGCAGAUCAACAAGAGUAAAGGUUAUGAGAAUUACUACAUUGAUGACCAAAGGGAGAAUACUUUGAUCUUAAACAAAAUUCUCUUAGCUAUUCUUUUAAAAGAAAUGUAUGGAGAUCGGUCUGGAGAAUUUGUAUUUGGAUCUUCGGGUUUAAAGGGUUAACUUCGUCUUUCACCAUUGGAAGAAAUUGUAGCUAUUGAUAACGACUUUUCAAGUCUUAGUGCUUGUGUUUUUGUGUUUGUGGGUCUGUUUUGUGUUUGAGUUGUUUUGUUUGUUUGAAAAGGAAGGGGUAAAAGUGAACUAAUGACUUGAGCGAAACUAUGUGAACUUGAUAUGAAUAUCAUGGCAGAUGGUACUGCUGAGGACCUGUGACGACAUUCAAAGUGGUUGCCAACGUUGCCGUCAUCAUGGAUUUCAUUGAAAACUUAGAUUUUAUGCAAAUAAAAACAUUGCUUUGAAGAGCAAACCGCUAGGAAUUCAAGCCAAAACGCAGUGGGGGUUGGGGGGCGUUGAUUUCACUCACACCUUUUCCUCUGUAUAAUAGCUGGAACAUGAAUUUCUGCGUCGAGGGUGGACACGAUUAUCAGCCGCUGUUCGGAAAGUGCGCCAAGGCCAGACUCAAUAAAACGGCCGAAGUCGAGCCCUGUAGAAGGUUAACAAGUUAUUUCCAACUUUCUGGAUGAUUUGUAAUUACUCAAUCAUUUUUUUCAUCUUCUAUUUAUCUUCCAGCUACAAAAAAGCAGUUGCAGUGGACGCCUUGAACAUGCUGUACCUCAAGAAAGGCGAGUACAAGGCCACCAAAUGGUCAGAUAAGUUGCCUAAGAACGACGAGUAUGUGGAAGUCGUCAAACAGACGCAGGGCGUCACCGUGAAUUUGAAAUGGCUUGAGAAGCUUCCAAGCCGACUAGAGCAGCACAGAACGGAAGCCAGGAAGGAGGAAGCAGUGUUUAAGAGCAUUCGAAAUCAGAUCGACAAGGAUAUAACUCACUGCAAAGAGUGCAGUUGUAUUGCUGAUGAGGUCGGCAAAGGAAGGACAAUCUGCAAGACAGUGCUGUCUUGCCAGUUUUAGAAGCAAGUAAGAGAGGUUUUUUUAAUCGUAACCUUUGUAGUUGUUAGUUUCGUUGGUUGGGUCAUGUAAAGAAAACUUCGUGCCUAUUCCGGUAUACACCUUUUGGUCUUUGACAACAGACAUUUGAGAAUCUCUCCGAGUGCUUGCUCCUUCUCUCCUCUUUCAACGGAUCGAUGUCCUUUAACGAUAUCCUGUAAUCGUCUCGCACCCAAGACUGGCCAAUGUGAAAAUUCAGCAAAACAUUUCAUUGUUCAAAGUAGUGGAAACCAAAUGGCUAAACGUCACAUCUUGGGUCCACAGGAUGAACUGGCACAAUGAGACUGAUUGAGCAAAUAUUUCUAAUUUACAGUGCGAGUUGGGUGUUAUAGACGGGUUAUCUUCAGUUGUUUCUAAACAAUUCGAGGGUCGCAUUUUUUUACGUUUGUAGCAUUUAAAAGAGUAGUUUUAAUACUCCUUUCUAACCUUUCGUUUGUUUUUAUUUGUUUUAGGCAUACGUUGUUUACCCGGUUUCAACCUGACUUCUGCCUACGUAUAACCAAUGCUGAUUAAUAGUCAAUAGAAGGUGUAUCGUUUAGUUAGAGCGGGACACAAUAGCCAUAUUUCCUUCGAAAAAUUUUUAUACUUUGUUACUGUUGUUGUUGUUGUUGCUUUUAGAUUUGUCUAUUUCUUUCCGCUACAUUGCAGCAUCUGCUACUAUAAACUUUUUGGCGUUGAGGCUUUCCUUGCUUACCAUCAUCUGCUUCAAAUAGUUACGUUAGAACAAAAAGUUAGGUUUCUGCCACGUUUUGUUCUUGUUAAGCUGCCCUUGUUUGCGCUAUUUACUGAAAACAAUUUACGGAAUUUUGCAUGCGCUAUUGCUUGUUGAACUAUUCACAUUAUUGAAGUAUUAUUUUGAAGCUAAAAGAAUCUACUGGUGUCUUCCUUUGAACCUGGAUUAACACAUGCUUUAAUUGCGGAUGUGAGUUACUAGAGUUGUUUUAAACUCUGCGAGAAAAAGAGGAAGUUCCAACCGGACACUUUGCCGGGCUGAUAUAAGUAUAGAGAGGGAUCGAGCUGUUCAAUGUGAUCUUAGAUGGGGUUAUUCAUUUUGUUGGAGGUAUAACAUUAAACUUACUUGAGGCAUUCACCUUUGGUUGUCAGUAACUCUUUUGGGUUGAAUUUCAGUCUGAGUGGUGGUUGGUUUGAGUUUUGCCACCUGAUGUCCUGUUUCAGUUUCUUUCAGUGUUGAAGGAACCUUCGCUUCUCCUUGAUUGAUAUGUGUACAAGUUUGUACCAAUCACAAACUGGAGCGGGCGGUUGAACGAGGAGUAGCCAGGUAGCCCCAUGAUCUUUUUGACAAGCAUCUUCUCCUUCGCGGGGAAUUCGCAGUAAACUUUUUCCUCAAAGCGAUUUCAAUAAAGGAAAUGUGUACAUCUCUGGCCAUGCGGACCAUCUAUAGCGCACUGCACCGAUACCCAAACAUUGAACUCAAACCUUUUGCCUCAAUUCGGUUACAGUACAGAAAUCGUGUACAUCUCUAUAGCUCAUCGCACCAAUACCCAAACUUAAACUCUCCCCUUUUCAAAGAACUAAAACUACGUUCCCAGAGGAAACCUCAAAAGUGUGUAUAAAUCGUCCAUUAAGCGAGGCCAAGGACGUCUUUGUACACGUUAGUAAAUACAGUAAACUCUCUCUUAACGGACACCUCUAUAAGAUGGACACCAGGUGUUGGGCCCUGCCGUUUUUCA